AUGUUCAAGUUCUUCACGUUCUUUACCAUUUAUAUUGCCUUAGCCUCCGCCAAUUUGAUACACGUCCCAGUCUACAAGCAUGCCAAUCAUAGCAGGAGUAUAAAAUCACUGAAAAAUGAAAUCUAUUUUUUGAGCUACAAAUAUGGCACCAGAUACGCUGCAAACACUGCUUCCGAGGAAUUGACCAAUGAUUACAAUUUGGCAUACUAUGGCAAAAUCACCAUUGGCACACCGGCCCAAGAGUUCAUGGUGCUUUUCGAUACAGGUUCCUCAACCUUAUGGGUACCAUCAUCCAACUGUUCGGAUAGCAACGAAGCCUGUCAAAAACACAACAAAUAUAAUUCGAGCGCUUCCAGCACCUAUGUGGCUAAUGGCGAAAAAUUCUUCAUCCAAUACUGCACAGGUAGUUUAUCCGGUUACCUGUCAGUGGAUACAGUGAGAAUAGCUGGACUCACGAUUCAAAAUCAAGUAUUUGCUCAGGCUACUAACGAGCUUGGCCCCAACUUCAUUCAGUCGAAAUUCGAUGGUAUUUUUGGCUUGGCACACAAAAAUCUCGCAAGGGGCAGCGUUGUGCCACCUUUCUACAACAUUUGGUCACAAGGUCUGGUGAGCAAGAAUGUAUUCUCUUUCUACUUGGCACGCAACACCAGCUCAACCCAAGGUGGUAAAAUGAUCUUAGGCGGCUCCGAUUCCAGCUACUACCACGGAUCACUCACCUACGUGUCAGUCUCUAAGCAGGGCUAUUGGCAAUUCAGUUUAGGUGGAGUCACCCUUGCUGGCAAAAGCCUUUGCGGUUACCGUUGCCAGGCCAUUGCCGACACAGGCACCUCGCAAAUUAUUGCUCCCCUAGGUGCCUACAAAAAAUUUGCUAGCAUUGUUAAUCCCAACAACAAGGGUCUGGUCGAUUGCGCGCUCAUCGGCUCUCUGGGUGACAUAGAAUUCCUUAUAGGCGGUAAAGCUUUCCCCUUGCCAGCGUCGCAGUACAUUCUUGAGGAUAACGGUUAUUGCUACUCUGCUAUCAGUUAUAUUGGAACUGAUUACUGGAUCUUGGGUGAUAUCUUUAUUGGUCUCUACUACACUGAAUUCGAUAUCGGCAAAAAUCGUAUUGGUUUCGCGCCUGUCGCCUAA